CCCUCUAAAUCCUUCCUAUUCAUGUAUCUAUGCAGGUGCCUUUUAAAUAUUGCAACUGUACCCAACUCCACCACUUCCUCUGGCAGCUUGUUCCAUACACACACCACCAUUAGUGUGAAAAAACUGCCUUUCAAGACCCUUUUAAAUCUUUCUCCUCACACCUUAAACCUAUGCCUUCUAGUUAUAGGCUCCCCUACCCUGGAAAAAAAAAGAACUUGGCUAUUCACCCAACCAUGCCCCUCAUGAUUUUAUAAAUUUCUAAAAGAUAACUCUUCAACCUCCAAUGCUCCAGGGUAAAAGCCCCAGUCUAUUCAGCCUCUCCCUACAGCUCAAGAUCUCCAAUCUCACCAACAUCUUUGUAAAGCUUUACUAAACUAUUUCAAGCUUAACAACAUCUUUCCUACAGUGGGGAGACCAGAACUGUAUGCGCUAUUCUAAAAAUGGCCUCACCAAUGUACAGCCGCAACAUGACAUUCCAACUCCAAUACUGAAUGCACUGACCAAAGAAGGCAAGUGUACCAAACGCCUACUCAGCACACUGUCUACCUGCGAUUCCACUUUCGAGGAAUUGAUUAAAUUGAUUGAUUUACGUCAGGAAGGGUGUUGAGGAAUAAGGGAGGCUGUGGGUGAAGGAGAUGAAUACACGAAUCAGUCAGAUUCGAAUUGGCUUGAGGGUCUGAAUGACAUCCUGCUGUUCCUACGUUUAUCAGGGAUCAGCCAUCAUGUAUUCAAAUUGUAACUGGUCUUGAGGAGCUGAAUCGUCUCCACCUGGUGCUGUAAAUGUUUACAAUCUAUUUCACCACACCCUCCGCCCAACUCGCCCUCCAAUGACAUUAGAUUCAGUAAUACAGCAUUGACUGAGGCAGGAGCGUCUUGACCUGUUCCGGGUGUGAGUGACCUGGGUUAAUCCAAAUGCCUAGGAAUACUUUAGACCGAGUUUGACGCUAACGCAUGCUGUACCUUCUCAUAUGAGUGUUCGAUGGACAGUACCGACAUGAAAAAGUUACUCCAUUUAAAAUGUGAAGAAUCUAUUCCUUAUGUUCACAUCCGAGUGUUUCGAAUCUGAUCUGCUGCUCAAAGUCACCUCCACUUUCACCGGUCAGUUUCCCAAGCUUCCGGAAACUCAUGUUGCUGCAGAAAUAUUUGGAUUGACUCUGAGAGACGUCAAUCAGAGAGCCCACCCACUCUGCCCAUUCUCCCCUCUUCCUCUUCCAGAGCAGGUUCACUUCCUAUAGGGACUGAAAACCAAGUGAGGAGAUGAUCUCAAGCUUUGGUGGUUCUUUGUUUUAUUUUAUGAGUUUCUGAAGCUGCGAAACUGACUGGUGAAAUGGACGUGACAUUGAAUAGCAGAUCAGAAGGAAUGUACCAUACUAUACUGGAGAAUACAGAGAGGAUAGACAUGGCAAAUGGAUCUUGGCCAUCACCCAAGGAACAACUGCACAACUAUGGGAAGACAUCAGUCCCAUUGCAGCAUUGCUGAACACAGAAGGUUGGGCCAUGAAACCAUCAGAUGGAAAUCGGUCAGGUCAGGGGAGCAUUGACAUAUCAUCAGAUCUGAAACGGGUCAGUGGUGUGGAGCCUUUCAUCAGAACCGACCUUUCUGAAGCGUCAACAAAUACAGAAGAUCUUGAUGAAAUGAAAUGGAAAAUAAUCAAAUCCUCAUGUAAAUCCAGAAAAUCCAAAAGCAAGCUGCUUCUGACUCUCCUGGUGCAGCUCACAGUAGCAGAGUCUUGUAUCUACUCAGCCUCUCAACCAAGAGAAGCUGCUACGUGAGUGAUCGGUCAGGGUGAGAAGCUGGGAAGAAGUUUUAGUGGCUCCAAGUGUGGUUAGAGCUUCAAUCAUUCAUCAAGCCUCACGAACCACUGACUCAUUCAUACAGGUGAGCGGCUGUUCAAGUGCAUGAGGAGGGCCCCUGGGUUUCAUAAAAUCUCCAGACAUAUAAGGUGCAUCUGUUAUACCGCUGUUUACACAAACAGCUUCAUGGAAGAGAAACCACUGAAGUGUGAGGUUUGUGACUGAACCUUCACCGUGUCAAUGACACUUGUGAAUCACCAACGCAUUCACACUGGUGAGAAGCCAUUCAAGUGUGAGGUGUGUGACAAAUUGUUCUUGUACUCAUCAACCCUCCGCAGACACCAACAUCUUCACACAGGCGAGAAACCCUUUAAAUGUGAUCUGUGUGACAAAUCAUUCUUACAGUCAUGGGGUCUCCUUGAACACCAGCGCAUUCACACAGGAGAGAAGCCAUUCAUGUGCAAGGUCUGCAUCAAAUCAUUCUCAACUUCUUCAGCCCUCCGUGUUCACCAGUGCAUUCACACAGGACAGAAACCACUCACAUGCAAUGUGUGCAAUAAAUCGUUCUCACACUCGUCAACACUCCAUGGUCAUCAACGUAUUCACACUCAGGAAAAACCAUUCACAUGUGACAUAUGUAACAAAUCACUUACUAAUUCAUCAACCCUCCAUGCACACCAACGCAUUCACACAGGUGAGAAACCAUUCACAUGCAAGGCGUGUGACAAAUCUUUCUCACAGUUAUCACACCUCCGCAGACACCGAUGCAUUCACAUAGGGGAGUAACUAUUGACACGCAACAUGUGUAACAAAUCAUUCUGUAAUUUAUUGGCUUUCCACAAACACAGAUGCACUCACACAACUGGAAGCCCAUUCACAUGUGAUGUGUGCAACAAACCAUUCUCGAGACCAUUGACCCUCCUGUUCCAUCAGAGGAUUCACACAAGAGAGCAACUCUUCAGGUGUGAGGGGUGUGGGAAAUUCACCUUGAGACUAUCAAAUAAAGACUCAGACUAACUCGGUCAAUACAGGAGAGACUGGUCCAGUUCUUCCGCAUCAUUAACCUGCUGUGCAUACCAAUACGUUCACACAUGACACAAUCCCUUCAUUUGUGCAAUGCAUCAGAAAAUUUUCUCCUUACCAUCAGAGCUCCGCAAAUACCAAUGCAGUCACAGUGGGGAGAAGCUGUUCAAGUGCGUGAGAUGUAACAAAUCAUUCUCAAAUCAUUAACUCUCCACAGACAUAAACACAUUCUCGCCACAGACAAACCAUUCACAGGUAGUGUGUCAAAUUAUUCUUGUUGUUAUUAUACCUCCGCACACAUCUAAGCAUCCACAGAAGCAAGACACUGUUCAAGUGUGAGGUGGGUGAAAAAUUAUACUCACAGCCGCUGAACCUCCUGCGCUGGCAGAGAAUCCAACACUGAGAAACUGUUUGACUGUGAAGUUUAUGAUUAAGAUUUUGUGGCAUCUUUGGCUGUUCUGGAACACCAGAGGACUUGUAAAGGGGAGUAAACUUUGAAAGGUGAUUAGUGAGACUUUCACCAAUUUCCCCAAUCUUCAAAAGCAUCUGCAGAUCCACACUGGAAAGAAACAAUUCUGGUGUGAGGUGUGUGAUGAGGCUUUCACACAAUCUUCUUAUCCCUCUGUCCACAGACACAGAGAAACUCUUUUGACGUGAGUCUUGUAUUAAUGUUGGACCUCCUGGAACUUCAAUGAAUCCACACAGAGAUGGAUCCCAUGCACAAGCGUGAGGGGAGAAAGGAGAGAAACUAGAGAACAAUGUGAGUUCAGGGCUAGGACAGGAGAGACCAUUAACAGAAGUUUGUCCAGGCAGAUUAGUGGAAGGGAGGGAAGGGCAGAAGCAGCUCAUGGGAUUGUUUCAAGCUUGUUUUCCUGAGCAGGGAGGUCAGUAACCAGGGAGCAGAGAUUUAAAGUCAAUAGAUUCAAGUCAAGAUUAAAGGAGAUUUGAGUAAUGCUUUUCACCAGAGGGUGUUGAGGCUAUGGAGCUCACUGUCUGAAAGUAUGAUAGGGUCAGAAUCAUUUGAAUAAACACUUGGACACAAACCUGAAGGAAUCAUUUGUUGACAUUUAAAAUGAAGGUUGUAGUUGGGCAUUUAACUAGAACUUCUUAAGACAAAUCAACAUUUAAAAACAUUAAAAGGGCCAUUUUGUAAUGAUUAAUUUUCGGAAAUUGGCCAAACCACCCUGCCAGCAUGCUGUGGACAUUGAGAACCUGAUGGACAUGAUGAGUGACAUUUUCAAUUGACUAGUCACAAGAAGGUGAAUGAAGCCUCAGACCACACAAUGAAUGAGUGUCUAUUCAAUUCAAUGAUUUGACUGAAUCACUGAACUCUCUGACUACCCUUUAGAACUGUAAAUAACAAUAAGGUAAUGAGCUGUAUGGAGUCACCACAUCUGAAUGUGAUCCACAUUCCUUGGAAAUGCAACAGAGCAGUAAGCCCAGAAACAGACAAUAGUAAAGACAGCAGCAAACAGCAGUGGCAGCACUGCAUAGUAUAGAGCUGCUUGGAAAAUCAGUUGAAUAAGGAGAUUGGAUGAAAUCAAACAGGUCAACGAAGCUAAAGGAACAGCAAGAAUUAAAACAACAACUUUUCAGAAGCAGGAAUUCAAGGAUUAACAGCGAGACUGCGACUCAGACAUUGUGUUUAAGGAUUUCAUUAUAUGACACCAGAGAAUACAGAGAAGGUAGACUACAGAUAGACCCUGGCCAUCACCCAAUGAACAACUGCACAGCUGUGGGAAGACAUCCAAUCCCUUCACAGCAUUGCCAAACAGAGAUGCUUGCUGAGUGAAACCAUCAUAUGGAAAUUGUUCCAGUUCAGAAGAGUUGACAUAUCAUUGGAUGUGAAACUGAUCAGUCGUGCGGGAUCUUCCAUCAGAACCAACAUUUCUGAUGGUUUGACUGUGCGUGAUCUGUCAGGCUGGGAAAAAGUGUGAGUGGUCUCCAAGUGUGGUAAGAGCUUUAAUCAAUCAUUGAGCUUCAUGAACCACUAACUCUUUUCUACAGGUGAGUGGCAGUUCUAACAUGUAAGUGAGUAAGCUGUCAACACACAAGGUCCAUCUGUUGUAAAUCUUUUAAAACAAAAGCAGUUAGAUGAUAGAGAACUUUCAACAGUGCUUUUGUAAAGUUACCUACGUUCAUGAAUCAGUGAUGCAUUCGUUCUUGGGAGAAACGAUUCAUAUCUGAGGUGCAUAAUCAGGAUUUCUGGCGACCAUUAUAUCUGAUGAAUAACCCACGCAUUCACAUGGGGAAAAAAACACUCACAUGUGAUGUGUGUGACAAGUCAUUCUCAUCGUCAUCAAGCCUCUCCAUGCACCAACAUAUUCACACAGGGGAGAAGCCGUUCAUGUGCAGGCAGUGUGGUAAAUCAUUCUCCCAGUCAUCAAAACUCCUCGUCCACCAACGUAUCCACACAGGGGAGAAACCAUUCCAGUGCGAGGUAUGUGACAAAUCAUUCUCACAGUCACGAUACCUUCGCACACACCAAUGUGUCCACACGGGGGAGAAACCCUUCCAUUGUGAGGUAUGCGACAAGUCCUUCUCACAGUCAGGAUACCUACGUAUACACCAACGCAUCCACACAGGAGAGAAACCAUUUCGAUGUGAGGUGUGUGACAAAUCAUUCUCGCAGUCAGGAUACCUGCACACACACCAGCGUGUCCAUACGGGAGAGAAACCUUUCUAUUGUGAGGUGUGUGACAAAUCCUUUUCACAGGCAGGAUACCUCCGCAUACACCGACGUAUUCAUGCAGGAGACAAAUUGUUUAAGUGUGAGGUGUGUGAUAAAUCAUUCCCCACUUCAUUGAGACUCCUGUUCCAUCAGAGGAUUCACACAGGGGAGAAGCCAUUCAAGUGUGACCUGUGUGACAAGUCAUUCUCACAGUCAGGAAACCUCCACUUACACCGACGUGUCCACACGGGGGAGAAACCGUUCACCUGUGACGUGUGUGACAAAUCCUUCUCACAUUCAGGAUCCCUGACCCUACACCAGCGUGUACACACAGGAGAGAAACCAUUCAGCUGUGAACUGUGUGACAAAUCUUUCUCAUGGUCAGGAUCCCUCCGUAUACACCGACGUAUGCACACAGGAGAGAAACCGUUUAGGUGUGAAGUGUGUGACAAAUCAUUCGCGCGAGCAGUAUUCCUCCGUACGCACCAACGUGUGCACACAGGAGAGAAACCCUUCCAUUGUGAGGUGUGUGACAAAUCAUUCACACAGGCAGGAUACCUGCACAUACACCAACGUAUUCACACAGGAGAGAAAUUGUUUAAGUGUGAGGUAUGUGACAAAUCAUUCCCCACUUCAUCAGGACUCCUGUUCCAUCAGAGGAUUCAUACUGGAGAGAAACCAUUCCGAUGUGAAGUGUGUGACAAAUCAUUCUCAUCAUCAUCGAACCUCCGCAUCCAUGAACGUGUCCACACAGGGGAGAAACCUUUCCAAUGUGAGGUGUGUGACAAAUCAUUCACGCAGUCAGGAUACCUCCGCACACACCAACGUAUUCACACAGGAGAGAAGUUGUUUAAGUGUGAGGUGUGUGACAAAUCAUUCCCCACUUCACAAAGACUCCUGAUCCAUCAGAGGAUUCACACAGGAGAGAAACCAUUCAGGUGUGAGGUGUGUAACAAAUCAUUUACACAGUCAGGAAACCUUCGCACACACCAACGAAUACACACAGGAGAGAAAUUGUUUAAAUGUUAGUUGUAUGACAAAUCAUUCCCCAUCUCUUGGAGAUUCCUAUUCCACUAGAGGAUUCAUACUUGUGAGAAACCAUGCAAUUGGAAGUUGUGUCACAACUCAUCCUUGGAGUCAUUGAAUCUACACAAGCAUCAAUUUAUUCAUACAAGGAAGACCAUUCAUGUGUGAUAUGUGUAUCAAAUCAUUCUUGAAUUUAUCAACUCUUCGCAGUCACCAGAGCAUUCACACAAAGAGGUUACAUUCACACGUGAAAUAUAUAGGAAAUCAUUCUCAAGUUCUUGGAACUUCCUGUUCCAUUAGAGGAUCCACACAGGGGAGUAACCCUUCAUGCAUGAUUUGAUGAUGAACCUUUCGUGAUGUCUUCAAACAUUUGGGAAUCCACAGGAUUCAGACGGGAGAACUUUUUCAGGUGCAAUGUUUGUGACUGUUUUUGUACAGUCAGUGAUCGGGAGUUAGGUCACCGGUGAAACUCAGGAUCAACCAAAACACUCACAGGGAAGUAACCCUUUCUGAAUGAGAUCUGUAAUAAAGCCUUUACAUGAUUGUCGGACUUUCUGGAUCUUUGGAUCUCUUGGUAUAUAGGUGAAGCAAUAUGGUAUACCUUCUAGUGUGAUGUGUAUCAGGAUUGUUUCACUAUCUCCUCCUCUCUCACCAGACACUGACAUCUCCACACGGACUUGAAGCUGGGUCAACUGCUUGUGUGGCACUGAGAGCUGUCUGCAUUGUUUACCCUCCAGUGCUCACCCAGGGGAGAUGUCAUUUCCAAGGCACUCUCUGUCUCAGCAUGUCUGUCUCAAACCUGUCAUCCCAUCAGUCCAUUCAGGAAGAUCAAUUUAACCUUUGACCUGAUCACCAAAAGAAGGCUCUCGCAGAGGACCACUUCAAGUGUAAGGUUUGAAAUGAGCGCAGUGUGAAGGACGUUCAGUGGGACUGGGGCACAGAACAAUAAGCAGCUUUCACUCCCAUCAAACACCUAGUGACAAUAACACCAGUGUUGAGGGGCUAUGAAGUCCAUUGUUAUAGACAUUUUGUGAGGAUUAAAACAAAUGUUUUUCCUUAUACUGCACACUUGUUGGUAAUUGAUUGUGAUUUCUUUUAUCCCAUUUUUUAAACUGUGGGAGUGUCUUUCCCCCGUUUCUCUUUUUGUGCGCUCUGACUCUGUAAGGAAUACAGUAACACUGGUAAAGUUAAACCUGGAGUACGGUUUAUUUCACUCACUUGUAUAAAUUCAGGAAUUCUUCACAAUGUAUGCACAUCAUAAAUACACAUGGAGAUGUCAAAUUGGAACGUGUCAUAACCCUGGUGGAAGUUGUGCACUGAAAACACCAUUACACGAGUUGUCACCUGGGAGAAAUGACCAGUUGAAUCUCUAGGAAUGGUUCAUGCCUGAAUGUGACCACAGUCUGAAGGAAGAAAAAAUGUAUUCACUGUAACAACCUUAUGUACCAACAAGUGGCAAAAAGAUUAUUAAUUACUAAUAUGCAAACUUUAACUAAGCUUCCCACCACCCCACCCCACCACCCCCCCCCCACCCAACUAAAUCCAAACACUCAGAAACUCAUUCACACAGAAGAUGGACAAGACUGAUGAGACAAACGUCAUUUUAGGAAUAUUGUGGAUUGAAAGUAAGCGGGUAAAAAUGCACAAAGUCUGUGGAUUAGAGUUCAAUCCAAAAGAUGAAAUGAGGUGACUUUCUCGCAGUUUGUUGUUGUUACUGAUUGCAAAAGUCCCUCAAUUCAGUAGCUACUCAGUUAUAUCUAGAUCUUGGUUUCAAUUAGAAUUUGUUGUUUUUUCACAAGUUCUUUCAAUAUUACUUCACUUGCUGACAGCCUUGAAGGUCUGAGUCCCAACUAAUCUUUCUCCUCCCAGUUCAGUAUCAAAUUGCCCAUUUAUAACCAAUCAAAAUCUUGUUGCUGGGCAUUUUACAUUUUAAUGAAAUAACACCUAGUGCUGAUGUAUCCAACAAAUUGUGAAAAACCUAAUAAUCCAAAUGUCCAUUUUUCAGUUUCUAUUUUCAAGUAAACUGUGUGUCAUCCUUAACAAACAAGAUAUCCACUUAAAUUCAAAAUAAAACCAAGAUUUACCAUUUUAUUAUUGUGGGUUGAUUGGCUAGCCUGCUGUUGAAGAGCUGUCAGCAGUUUAUUUUUAAAAGUUCCUUUGAAAGUCUUUUGAUGAAGAUUUGCUGAAAUGUGAUUUCUGCUUCACUGAUUUGAUGAAAGCAGAUUUACUUGCAGAGUGCACAAAUACAGGUGAGUGGCUGCAUUUUACAAGCUAUCGGUUUCUCCUUUGUCACGUGAAAUUAAAAGUGUAGAUUUUGUCAGUAGAUGUGGAAUGGAGCAGCACUGACCCCUGA